CCAGGACGUCCCAAGGGCAUCAAAGCGAGUCUGUCAUCAGUAACACCUCUGGUCUCUUCCCCCGUUGCAGACAAGAUGACUCACCAUUGUACCAAGUUCUCUGGCCACUGGAAGAUUAUUGUGUACGACGAGGAGUGCUUCCAGGGCCGUCGUCAUGAGUUCACCUCCGAGUGCUGCAACGUGAUGGAGUUCGGCUUCGAGACUGUCCGCUCCCUCAGAGUCGAGAGUGGCGCCUGGGUGGGCUAUGAGCAUGCCUCCUACCAGGGCCAGCAGUUUGUGCUGGAGAGGGGAGAGUACCCUCAGCCUGACGCCUUCGGAGGUAGCAAUGCCUACCACAUCGAGAGGAUGACCUCUUUCAGACCCAUCGCCUGUGCUAACCACAGAGAGUGCCGUAUGACCAUCUAUGAGCGCGAGAACUUCCUGGGCCGCAAGGGCGAGCUGAGCGACGACUACCCCUCACUCCAGGCCAUGGGCUGGUGCAACAACGAAGUCGGCUCCCUGCGCGUCCAGUCUGGAGCUUUUGUGUGCUACCAGUACCCUGGUUACCGUGGAUACCAGUACAUCAUGGAGUGUGACCGCCACUGUGGGGAGUACAAGCACUUCAGGGAAUUUGGCUCCCACUCCCAGACCCCUCAGAUUCAGUCCAUCCGCCGCAUUCAGCAGUAACCUCAGCCCGCUCCCGAUCACCCGCCUCUCCCUCACAAACUCUCUCCCCCCUGCUGCCCAAUGCUGAAUAAACUGUGUUUCUUAAACUUCA